AAAAACGGCACCGCGACGGCAGACGUCGACGGCGAUUAACGGUAUCACAAUCGGGCCGCUCGCGACGACGCUCCACAUAUAUAUUUACAUAAAGAUACGCGAAUUAAUUAACCCUCUAUGACGGAAAUUUUUAGUGAUAAUUAUAAUUGAGUUUUUGGAUUUUUUUUGUGUACAGUGUUCUUGGGCAAAAAGAAUUAUUCUGCAAUGUCGUCUGCGCAUCAAGAGCCCCAUUUGCUACCGCCGCCGAAACCCAAAUUGUCGCCGAUGGAGCUGCGCAACACCGACUUGGUAUCCAGGCUUUUGGCCGCCACUCCGCCUUACCUUUACAAUAUGUCGUUGUUGCCGAAUACUUACUUUUUUUCGGAGAUGCUCAGGAGUUUUGUACAAGCCAAAAAUGAGCAGCAGCAACGUAGCACUAUUGGAAAUGGAUAUGGAGCUGGCAAUAUGUUCUAUGGUCAUCAACAAACAAGAAGAUCCAGAAAAAGAGCCUGGAACAAUGCGAGCAGGGAAACCUACUUGCAACCGCACAACGCCGUUCCGAUUGCAGAAGAAAAGUUGGAAAAACCUCUGGAAAAACCUGACCACCACGAACCUUGGAUGUUGAAAAGUACGCGCAAGAGUCCGGAAAACGCAGCCCUCGAACUAACAAUGACUGCGAGCCAUUCAAAUAAUACGCACCAGCAACAAAAAUCGGAACCUCCAAAACUUGAAGAGCCUUCCCAAUCCUUCCUACCACUGCCCCAAGAAAGUACCUCGAACUUAGUCCUACCCCCGCCACCUCCAAUGUGGUACCCACCAAUCUACCCUACACCCCCUUAUGGUAUAGAUCCUCUACACUUUUUCAUCGACCUCAGAGUCUCCGGGCAUAUCUACGACCGGCAAAAUAAAGAGGCAGCGCCUCAAGAGAACUGCACCAUAGUUAGCCCAAAAGAAGACAAAAAAGAGCCUAAAAUCGAAGAGAAUUUAACUAGCAACAUAUUCAACCAAAAGAGGCAUUGUUCUGCAUUUUCUGUACCAAAUAACAAUCCUAGAUCGACAAAAUUCGAUGUAAAAUCCAUGGGGUUUGAUAAGAGCAGCAACAAAACCAGCACCAACUACGUUUUGAGCAAUAUAACCAGCAUCUACAAAAACCUUUCAUCUACAACCCAAGACACAGCAGUAAACAUGGAUGUUGACGACAAAAAAAGCGAAACUGAAUCAGAAAAACAGAAACGAGUCAAAGAUUUACGUGCUCUAAUCGGUUUAGAAUUGGUCGUGGACUAUAUGAGUCACAAAAAAGGUUUAGUGAGAAGCGAAGAGUCGUCACUUGUUUCGGAAGAAGCGAGCUAUUCUGAAAUCGAAUCUUGCGAGAGUCCUCACUUGGAAGUUGUGGCGUUGCAUGAUGAAGUUGUCGGUUGAAAAUUGUUUCUGGUAUUUGGGGGAAAAUUAGCAGUCUAGUCAAGAGCUUAUAGGUAUAAUCAAAAAUGUUGUUAGAUAAAUUAAACUAAUAAAUAGUACAAUGUAUUUGGUGUUUGAUUUUUUUUAUUUCAAAUUUAUGCCACAAUAAAUCUGCAAAAUCUAGUUUGGAGUCGAGACAAACAUAAAUAUGUAAUAUCAGUUGUCCGUUUAGGUUAAUAUCAAAAUUGCC